GCUGAAUUUCUCUUAUUUUUUUAUUUUUAUAUUAACGUUAUCUCUUACAAUUAGCAAAAAAACGGAAUUAACUAUUUAUUCAACCCAAUAACAGCAUCGUUAAUUUGCACAAUUUAUUGAUUAUAAUAAAAUACUUAAUAAUUCAUAUUUAAAAGAUAUAUAAUUUUAUGUAUAAGUUUGCAUACAAUUCACAACACUUUUACCAAAGCUUUUAUGCAGACUAUAAUUCUCUUGUUAUUUUCGUUACAUUUUUCCUAAACGACAGAUAAACCAAUGAAUUCAACUGGAGGCGGAAAUUACGCGAAUAUCGGUCAGUUUCCAUUCAUGGCAGUAGUAAAUAAUCUUGUGGGUAACAUAUUAUUCAAGCAAUGCAGUGGCACGAUCAUACAUACAAAAUGGGUUCUCACAGUCGCUCAUUGCGUAGAAAAUUAUCCAUUGUUUAUUUACCACCAAAUGUUUUCUGUGACGUUCGGCAUCAUCGACAAACCUGGUGUAAAAUACGAUUUCCAAGGUCCCAGUGUAUCAAUGAUUGCAAACCGAGCCAUUAUACACCCGAAUUACACAAAUACACAUUUCUACAACGAUAUUGCCCUACUGCUAAUGCCGACUAAUAUUCCCUUUUUCAUGACUAUUCAACCCAUAAAACUUGUUAAUACAGAUGAAAAUUUUGCUCUAAGGCAGGAUCUCUUGAACAGUAUGUAUAUACAUGUAUGCCGCUUGGCUUUUCAACCCAUAAAACUUGCUAAUAGAGAUGAAAAUUUUGCAAAUAAAAAUGCUUUUGUCUUGGGAUGGGGAGGAGGAUCGGAAAAGCUUAAAUACGCUGAAGUAUCGGUUAUUCAAAAUACUGAAUGCAAACAAGCCGGACUCAAUACGAGCGACGUCACUGAUCAGCACGUGUGCACGGCCACAGGAUUGGGAGAAGAUACUUGCCACAGCGGUGCCCCUCUCAUCGUAGCACCGGAAAAUAGCUCGUACCUUCAAAUUGGUAUUUUGGAUUGGCAAAUAAACGCGUAUUCGUCCGGGCCACCGCUGAAUACCAGCGGUGGGGCGGUCGUGCCAGUCGUAUCUCGCCGAGCUGCUAGGCAUGUGGGGAUAGAUCUCUAUCCCCACACGCUUAGCAACGCGGCGAGAUAUGACCGUCCCACCGCUGAGGACCCUGCGACUGCAGCGACAGUUUGUCGAGGUCCUUACAAACAGUCUCACAUUAAAGUUUCGUUGAAGCGAAAAUUAUACAAAGUAACAUCUGGAAUACCAACAAGUAACAACCGACCAAAGGGACAGCGCAGAACAAUCAUGGAUCUAAAAAGUGCGAUGGUAUUUCUGAUUAGUUUAACUGUAUGUCAAUAUGUUCAUAGUCAACCCCCUAUCCCGUCCAGACGCACAUCUGAAAAAAUCGGGGAACUUGAAGACUAUCCCGAUUCGGACAUCGAUGAUGAUCAAAUAAAAACAAUAAUCAUACAGUGCCCCUCUCAUCGUAAAAUUGGAAAAUGGCGAGUAUCUUCAAAUUGGUAUUUUGGGUAUGGCAACUUGCUCUGAAAAUUAUAUGUACGUACCAACCCGAAAUAUACCCGAAAUGUUUACUAGAGUUUCUUCGUAUUCAAACUGGAUUAGUCACAUGACAUCGACAAAUUAGAAGAGUUCUAACUUAAAUAUGUACAUUUUUUAAUUAAAUAUGCUCUUGUAAUAAGUUACUUUAUUUUAAAAUCAGUGAAAAGUAUUUUUAUAUAUUUUAAUAACAUUAAGAUAUUAAUUUCAAACAUUAAUAUGAAACCUAAUCAAUUCCAUGAAAAGUUCAAACAAAGUUAUAAACGCCAAAUGCAGUUUAAAGCCAAUCUUGGUGCUUAAUAAUAUUUUUUGUGUGAAUCUUACAAUCUUUAGUUCAGGUAAACUGCGCACCAAAUAUUUUGUCGAUCUUAAAAUACAGCUUCAAAAUAAAUCCAGACUACGUAAUAUUACAAUUAAAUUGACAAGUAAUUUGAUAAUGACGCUAAUAU